AGCGUGGGCCCGAAUGCCAGGGCUAUAGGUCCUAAUUUGUAAAGCACGUGGCGUGCACUUUUGGCGUGAGGGUUUCUGAGUGGCUUGCGAGGCAGACUUGUGCGGAGAGGCUGUUAGGUCGGCCGCACGCAGAACUGUCUCUGUGCGGUUCCUGUCCCACCGCAGGGCGGGCGGCCUCCGGUGGCGCUGAUCCUGCGCUCUCCGUUAUGGACUACCGGCGGCUGCUGAUGAGUCGGGUAGUCCCCGGGCAGUUCGACGACGCGGAUUCCUCCGACAGUGAAAAAAUUGACUUGAAGACAAUCAAAGAGGAAGAUGGUGUUCUAUUUGAAGAUCUUCAAAAUAAUGAGAAGAUGGGUGAAGGUGAGAUAGAAGAGGAAGAGGAGGAGGAAGAGGAAGAGGAAGAAGAUGAUGAUGAUUGGGACUGGGAUGAUAGAGUUGGAAAACUCACCAAGGGUUAUAUCUCGACUGGAGGGAGUAACCCACAGGCAAAUCGACAGCCUUCCAACUGCAAUUCAGCCAAAAUGUCUACUCCAGCAGACAAGGUCUUACGGAAAUUUGAGAAUAAAAUUAAUCUAGAUAAGUUAAAUGUUACUGAUUCUGUCAUAAAUAAAGUCACCGAAAAGUCUAGACAAAAGGAAGCAGAUAUGUAUCGCAUCAAAGAUAAGUCGGACAGAGCAACUGUAGAACAGGUACAAUUUAAAUGUGUUACAAGUUACUGUUUUAAAAUUGAAACAUUGUUUGUAGUUACUUAACACAACCUCAAUAUUUUCUUUGUUUCUGACUUAAAAUAGGCUAAUGUAUACCAUGCUAGCACAGCAAAUGGAGACAGCAGAGCAAUCAAAAUUUAUAAAACUUCUAUUUUGGUGUUCAAAGAUCGGGAUAAGUAUGUAAGUGGGGAAUUCAGAUUUCGCCACGGCUAUUGUAAAGGAAACCCCAGAAAAAUGGUGAAAACUUGGGCAGAAAAAGAAAUGAGGAACUUGAUCAGGCUAAACACAGCAGGGAUCCCAUGCCCAGAGCCUAUUCUGCUAAGAAGUCACGUUCUUGUCAUGGGUUUCAUUGGUAAAGAUGACAUGCCAGCGCCACUCUUGAAAAACAUCCAGUUAUCAGAAUCCAAGGCUCGGGAAUUGUACCUGCAGGUGAUUCAGUACAUGAGAAGAAUGUACCAGGAUGCCAGACUUGUCCAUGCAGAUCUCAGUGAAUUUAACAUGCUGUACAGCAGUGGAGGUGUGUACAUCAUCGACGUGUCUCAGUCCGUGGAGCAUGACCAUCCACAUGCCUUGGAGUUCUUGAGAAAAGACUGCGCCAACGUCAAUGAUUUCUUUCUGAAGCGCGGUGUUGCUGUGAUGACUGUGCGGGAGCUCUUUGAAUUUGUCACAGAUCCAUCAAUCACACAGGAGAACAUGGACGCUUACCUCUCUAAGGCCAUGGAAAUAGCAUCUCAGAGGACCAAGGAAGAAAGGUCCAGCCAAGAGCAUGUGGAUGAAGAGGUGUUUAAACGAGCAUAUAUUCCUAGAACCUUGAAUGAAGUGAAAAAUUAUGAGAGGGAUGUGGAUAUAAUGAUGAAACUGAAGGAAGAAGAAAUGGCCAUUAAUGCCCAACAAGACAAUAUUCUAUACCAAACCGUCACAGGAUUGAAGAAAGAUUUGUCAGGCGUUCAGAAGGUCCCUGCACUCCUAGAAAAUCAAGUUAGGGAAAAGACUUGUUCUGAUUCAGAAGAUGCUGGAAGCUCUGAGUGUUCUGAUACAGAUUCUGAAGAACAAGGAGACCAUGCCUGCUCCAAGAAACCCACCACUGAUCUUGAGGUUGAUAAAAAGGUUUGCCAAGAACACACAUUCCCUUGUUCUUUAACAUGGCAGCAUAGCCACACUCAUUUCUCUUUGUUCAAGUAUCUAAAUUAUGGUGGCUGAAAACAUAAUAUUGAUUAGUAAG